AUGGCGUCCAAUUUAAAUCAAGAUGAAUUGCCUGGACUAUCUGAUGUUAUUAGUGCUGACCCAGAGGUAAGACCUUCAGAAAAAAAUUUUGAUGCCAUUAAGCUUGAUCUCUCACAUGAAUUUUCCUUAGUUGCUUCGAACAAUGAGACAAGCAGUUUGGAACCCAUAGAUUAUCUCCAAGUUUAUCUUCGAGUGAGACCAUUCACACAAUCAGAAAAAGAACAAGAGACUCAGGUUUGUGUUGAUUUAGACUCCCAGACUAUUAUGCUGAAAGAUCCUCAAAGCAUCCCUGGUAGGUUAAGUGAGAAAAGUUCUACGCAGAUGGCACAGAAAUUCAGUUUCUCUAAGGUUUUUGGCCCAGAAACUACACAGAAGGAAUUCUUCCGAGAUUGUACUCUGCAGCAAAUAAAAGACCUCUUGAAAGGAGAAAGUUGGCUGAUUUUUACUUAUGGGCUAACAAAUUCUGGUAAAACAUAUACUUUUCAGGGCACGAAACAGAAUGUUGGCAUCCUGCCUCGGACUUUGAAUGUACUAUUUGACACUCUUCGGGGAAGACUAUAUACGAAAAUGAAUCUUAAACCACAUAUUGCCAGAGAAUAUUUACAGUUGUCACCAGAUCAAGAGAAAGAAGAAGUUACUAGCAAAAGUGCAUUGCUUCGGCAAAUUAAAGAGAUUGCUAUGCAUCAUGACAGUUAUGAUGCUCUUCAUGGGAGUUCGACGAACUCUUUGAGUACUUCAGAGUUUGAAGAAUUUAUGAAAGAUUGUGAACAGUCCUGCUUGAACAUGGAUGAUAGCAUAAAGUUUUCUAUUUGGAUUUCUUUCUUUGAGAUUUACAAUGAAUAUAUUUAUGACUUGUUUGUUCCUGUAUCUUCUAAGCUCCUAAAGAGAAAUAUGCUACGCCUUUCUCAGGAUGUAAAGGGCUAUUCUUUUAUAAAAGAUCUACAUUGGAUUCAAGUGUGUGAUUCCAAAGAAGCAUACAAACUUUUAAAACUAGGAAUAAAGAAUCGGAGUGUUGCCUUUACUAAACUGAACAGUGCUUCAAGUAGAAGUCACAGCAUAUUUACUAUACGAAUAUUGCAGAUCAAAGAUUCUGAGAUGCCUCAUGUAACACAAGUCAGUGAACUGUCAUUGAGUGAACUUGCUGGUUCAAAAAGAAGCAUGAAGACACAAAAUGAAGGUGAAAGGUUAAGAGAAACUGGGAACAUCAACACUUCUUUAUUGGCUCUGGGAAAGUGUAUUAAUGCUUUGAAAAAUAGUGAAAAGUCAAAGUUUCAACACGUGCCUUUUAGGGAAAGUAAACUGACUCACUAUUUUCAAAGCUUUUUUAAUGGUAAAGAGAAAAUAUCUAUGAUUGUCAACAUCAGUCAGUGCUGUUUUGCCUAUUAUGAAACACUCAAUGUGUUGAAGUUCUCAGCCAUUGCACAAAAGGUUUGUGUUCCAGAGUCUUUAAAUUCCUCUCAAGAGAAAUCUUUUGGAUCUAUCAGAUCUUCCCAAGAUGUAUCACUAGACAUUAAUAAUUCAGAAAAUAAAGUAUUAAAUGUAAAAAGAUCCACUAUUGCAUGGGAAUCUUUUUACAUUUAAUACUUGGAAGAUGAAGAUUUGGUUGAAGAUCUAGAAAAAAAUGAAGAAAAGCCAAGUAUGGAAACUGAACUAACUGAUGACGAUCUAGAUAAAACAGUAGAGGAAGCCAAUAUAAAAAUAAAAGUAUCUGUAAUAGGUGAUGAAGAGAAAUUAAUGAGGGUUAAAAUUAAUGAACUGGAGAAAAAGAAAAACCAGGGUUCCCAGGAAAUAGAUAUGAAACAGCGAACCAUUCAGCAACUUAUGGAGCAGUUAAAUAACCAAAAAGCAGAAGAAGCUAUUCAACAGUACGAGAAAGAAACACAGACCAUGGAUAGCAAACCUAGACCUGAGAGUUCAACAGAUUCUGGCAGAGCUGACCCCCAGUCAACAAGUUUUGAAGUUUGUAGCAAUGAAGUCGAGGAUGGAUCUGGUGUCAUUGACUCUUGUGAAGUGUCAACAGAAAAUAAUCCAACAACUCGAUUUCCAAAACCCGAGUUAGAGAUUCAGUUUACCCCCUUAAGGCCAAAUGUAAUGGCAGUGAAACACCCCGGCUGCUCCUCACCAGUGACAGUUAGGAUUCCCAAGGCCCGGAAGAGGAAAAGUAGUGAAAUAGAGGAGGAGAAUUUGGUGAAAUGUGAAAAUAAGAAGAAUGCUACACCCAGAACCAAUCCGAAAUCCCCUUUUCCAGAGUGCAGAAAUUCUCCCAAAAAGGAACAACAGGUUUCCACACAACUUCCAUCUAAGAAAACUUAUUCUUUACAAAUUCAAGCCUACGAUGUUAGUAUUAGCUUGACUACUAAGGAAAAAGAAGAAACGUUACAGAAAUUUGGAGACUUCUUACAACAUUCACUAGCAAUUCUUCAGUCAAAAGCAAAGAAGAUAAUUGAAACAAUGAGUUCUUCAAAGCCCUCAACUGUAGAAGCAAGUAAAGAAAAUGAGUCUCGACCGAAACGGAAAUUGCACACACAAGAAAUUAAAUCUCCUGUUGAUAUAUCUGUCCAAGUGAUUGUGAUGAACCAGAAAGUGAUCGUGAGAUUCUUAAGCGAUGACUUCGAGCUAAAAUAG